UCUUUCUUCGCGUGGGCUGGAGGCGAUGCCACCUUUGCUGGAUUCUGGGAGGCUCCCCCGACUCUUGACCCGCCCUCCCUUCCCUCUCUUUCUGUUUCGUGGACCCUCUUUCCGGCCUGUGCCCCCUCUGCGUCAGGGAAGGCGGCCCCUCCCCGCGCUCCUCCGCCGUUUCCUUGGCCGUUUGGGGGGGUCCCUGCCGUCCCGUCCCCCUUUCCUCCCUCCCACCUCCCCGUCUUUCUGUGUGUGUCUUUCUGUGUGUGUCCUGCAUGCAGUGGGGCUUUGGGUGAGCCCUGAGACGGGAGCGCUCAGCCCCUGCGCCUGGAAGGAGAGCUAGGGCAGACCGACGGGAGGGAGGAAGAGCAGGAGGGCGGGGAGAUCCUGCGGACGGGCAGCCCAGCCCCGACGGCCCUCUCCGAUGGGCGCCCUUUGAUGGGGCGGAGGCGGCCGUCAUGCCACGAUGCUGACCCCGGGGCUUGCGCUCCCGCUUCUCCUGCUCCUGCUGCCGAGCCUUCCGGGGCCUGCGGGCGCGGCCGGGCUCGGGGAGGCCUCUCGGGGGUGCGCCCGUCUGGGCGGGGCCGGGCCCGAGGGGGGCGCCGGGCGCGGGCGGCGGGAUGCGGGCGGGCGCGGCGGGGUCUACGAGCACCUCGGCGGGGCGCCGCGGCGGAGGAAGCUCUACUGCGCCACCAAGUACCACCUCCAGAUCCACGCCAGCGGGCGCGUCAACGGCACCCUCGAGAAGAACAGCGUCUUCAGUAUUCUAGAGAUAACAGCUGUGGAUGUCGGGAUUGUGGCUAUCAAAGGCUGCUUCUCCGGCAGAUACCUGGCCAUGAACAAAAGAGGCAGACUUUAUGCUUCAGAGACCUACAAUGCCGAGUGUGAGUUUGUGGAAAGGAUUCAUGAGCUAGGCUACAAUACCUAUGCAUCCCGCUUGUACCGGACUGUGCCCAGUGGAGCCAGCAGCAAACGCAAAGCUAGUGCUGAGAGACUCUGGUAUGUCUCUAUCAAUGGAAAAGGACGACCUAGAAGGAGUUUCAAAACCCGUAGGACCCAGAAAUCCUCCCUAUUUUUGCCUCGGGUGCUGGAUAAUAAAGACCAUGAUAUGGUCCGACUGUUCCAUUCAAGUACUAAGUACCGAGAGGGCCUGCUAAAGCCUCCUAGUAAGAACCAGAGAAGAAGAAGAGGACACUAGUGGACACUCUGUCCAUGGGAUGGAUAGACUGGAGAUUGAAGACUAAGCCAGUAUUCAAAGUGCUACUAAAUAAGUACAAAUACAAUUGUGUGACCAAUGUUGAUAAAUGACACAGUGUGUGUAUAUAUUACUGGAUGCCUCACUAGACAUCCUUCUUAAUAGAUUUUUUAGAAUUAUAGCCAUUGCUAAGAACUUAAAAAAUAAAUUGAAGCAUGUAUACAUGUAAAUUAGAUGGAUAAAAUGAUGACUUUUGGAAUUCUUUGUCAUCUUCUUCAGUGAGAUCUCUCUUUAAGCAUCUUGGGAGUGUUUUUAAUGCAGUCUUUUCCAGUUCUCAGUCAGUUAAUGAAUUAAGUGAUAAUAAAUUAUUUUUGCCUUAAUUUCUCCAUGGCAAAACAGUAGUUUUGAAGAUGGUGCACAUGUGUGUCAAAGCAGGCACUACUUUAGAAUUAACAUCCCCUUGUCUGAGUAAAUUACUCAAUCUGAUUAAUCAUUAGAGGUUGUAGCCUUCAGACAUAUUCAUAACAAAAUGCUAUACUUGAUCUCUAAGUUAUAGCUAACUGAAGAGAUUUAAAACCUGAUUUAUUCUGUAAACUUUUAUUUAACUUAUUUUGACUUCUGUUUUAAGAACAAAUAAGUAUCAGCCAAUGCUCAUUAUCUUUCAUUUAACUUUAAUGUUGAUGAGAAAAGUAAUUUGUGCAUUUCAGGAGAGAUACAUGCUGCUAGGCUUAUUAUUAGUUGAUCAAAAAUAUGUUUUUCUUCAUGAAUUGCCAUCAAGAUUUUUUUUUAAAGAAAACCCGGUUGUGUAAAUAAAGGCUUCAGGAGAACUUG